UCAAACGCCGAACACAGCCAUCACCGGUGCGUGCACCCACCAUGCCGUCGGUGAAGGUGAAGCCUCCGUCCACGGCGCCGCACAUGUUGCUCCUCGUCCUCCUCGCGGCGAGCCUCGGAGCUUCACAAGCGUGGGUACAGUGCGGCCCCUCGGCCGCUUCUCCCUCCCCAGCACCUGCACCUGCACCAUCGCCGGCGUCGUCCACCACCGCAAACAGCAGCGUGUUCCGGGCCAAUAUCCUGGCACUCCUCGACGAGCUCCCGCAUGCGACGGCGCCCACGGGCUUCGCCUCCCUCUCCCGGGGCACCGGCAGCGACCGCGCCUUCGUCCGCGGCCUCUGCCGCGGCGACCUCGCCGAGUCCGUGUGCCUGGCCGACCUGCAGGAGGCCGUCCGGAACCUGAGCGGCAGGUGCGCCUCCAGCCGGAGCGCGGGGGCGUGGUACCGCCAGUGCUACAUCAGCUACGCCGACACCAACGACUCGGCCGUCUACGAGGGGCGCAUCGGCGGGAUACUGUACGACACCCGCAGGGUGGCCGACGCGGACAGCUACCAGCGGACGUACUACGCGCUGAUGAGCCGCCUGGUGGCGCGCGCGGCCGGCGGCGGCAACCGGUCGGCGCGGACGAGCAUGUUCGCGACGGGAGAGGCGGUGUACGCCGGCGACGACCCCAACGGGACGAUGUACGGGCUAGUGCAGUGCAUGAGGGACCGCAGCGACGCCGAGUGCCAGCAGUGCCUGCAGUCGCUGGUGCCGAAGCUGCCGACGUGCUGCCGGGGGUAUCAGGGAGGGGUGGCAAUGGACUUCAACUGCCACCUCCGGGUCCAGUUGUACACCUACUACGACCUGGCGCUCGACGCGCCGCCUCCGGCUCCGGCUCUCCCACCGCCGUCGCCGCCGUCCACCGGAGAAAACCCCGGUGGUGCUAGAGAAGAUAGCAGCACCACGUACGUUAGUUCGGAGCAGUUUACUCUGCCGUUGCUGAGGGCGGCGACGGGCAACUUUGCCGCGGAAAACAAGCUGGGCGAGGGAGGUUUCGGCCAGGUUUUCAAGUGGGAUGGUAAGAUGCCGAAUGGACAGGCGAUAGCAGUGAAGAGGCUGUCCCAGAGCUCCUCACAGGGGUUCCACGAGCUGAAAAACGAGCUGGUGCUGGCAGCCAAGCUCGGGCACAGGAACCUCGUGCAGCUCCUCGGGGUCUGCUUGGAGGAGAAAGAGAAGCUGAUCGUCUACGAGUACCUGCCAAACAGGAGCCUCGACACCCUCCUUUUCGAUAACGGGAGGCGGCGGCGGCGGCGGCAUGGCCUGGACUGGAGGAAGAGGCACACCAUCAUCUGCGGGCUUGCCCGUGGACUGCUCUACCUCCACGAGGAGUCGCGGCUGAGGGUCAUCCACCGGGACCUCAAGCCCAGCAAUGUGUUGCUGGACGAGCACAUGAACCCCAAGAUCUCCGACUUCGGCCUGGCUCGUGCAUUCCGGGGAGACCAAUCCAGAGACGUCACCAAGCGAGCGGCCGGCACCCUCGGGUACAUGUCGCCGGAGUACGCCUACUGCGGCCACGUCUCCGUCAAGUCGGACAUGUACAGCUUCGGCGUCAUCGUGCUCGAGAUCGUCACCGGUCGGAGGAACAGCAGCGCCGGCCAAGACCAGGCUGCAGCUAGCAGCUUGUUGAGCGAGGUGUGGGAGAAGUGGAGGGCCGGGACGGCGGCGGAGAUGGCGGACGCGUCGCUGGGCGGCCAGUACCCUCGGCCUCAGCUGCUCAGCUGCGUGCACAUCGGCCUCCUCUGCGUGCAGAAGAAACCGGAGCUCAGGCCCGACGCGUCGGAGGUCGUGCUCAUGCUCAGCAGCCAGUCCACGUCGCGCCGGGCGCCCUCCAGGCCAGCCUUCUACGCCGGCUCCACCACGGGAGCGGUCGCCGCCUCAAGUGCUCGUCGUUGCGAAAAUGUUUCACGGAAUGGUGUCACCAUGUCGGAGCUUGAACCGAGGUAGCAGCUGGGUACUAGUAGUAGUACUACAAAAAAGAACAGGUUUGACUGCAUCUCACAUACCUGCACUAAGGAGUACGAAUUCAAAAAAUGACCAAUGUAACGUAGGUAUCAAAAAAAUUCUUGAUGGGAUAGUAUAUUUUGUCCACUUUUCAAUUGUUAACCUCAUUGAUUAAGGACCUCUUAGAUUCA